AUGUCCCUAACUAUACUUGAGUCUCUCAACGCUGCACAAAUAAAGGCGGUGCGGCACCCACCGAAUAAACCGCUGCAAAUUCUGGCAGGUCCAGGAAGUGGCAAGACGAAGGCAGGCACAUUCUGCUCAGUGCUAACGUCUCGUAUCGCCUACCUCAUCUUGGAGCACUCGAUCCCUGCCUCAUCUAUAUGCGCUGUUACCUUCACCAACAAGGCUGCAAACGAGAUGAAGGAGCGACUGAAAAAAAUGAUUGGAGAUGAUCAAACAAACAUGUUGAAGAUGGGAACGUUCCACGCCUUCUGUGUUCCAUUUUUGAGGAAGCAUGCAAAGUCAAUAUCUAUUCAAAGUAAUUUUACAAUAUGUGACGCGGCUGAAAGUCAAAAGAUUAUCACCAAGCUCCUGAAGUCUUAUGCUGAUUAUAUCCAGGAACACGCAGUAGCACUGAGCGAUGGUCAAACACAAUCAGCAAUCUCGAAGGCGAAAUCCAAAGGCCAAAGCCCAGAGGAUAUGGCAAAGCUACACGCUGAGGCCAAGGCGAAAUCGGGUAGAGCAUCCCCAUAUCUCACGGUGCUGAUUGAAAUCUUUCGAGAUUAUGAACGGAUAUUGCGACAGAAUAACAGCCUAGACUUUGAUGAUUUGCUAGUUUUUGGCACGAAACUUUUUCAACAACAUCCUGACGUCGUAUCCUGGUGCCGUCAUGUCCUCGUGGAUGAGUUCCAGGACACCAACAGUAUUCAGUAUGAACUUAUGAAAACAAUUGCAUCGUCCCACCACUGCGUAACGGUCGUCGGGGAUCCAGAUCAGUCUAUCUAUGGGUGGCGAUCCGCAGAUAUAACAAAUCUCCAGAAUAUGGAACGAGAUUUUCCCGCUACUUCCCAGAUUCUUCUUGAAGAUAAUUAUCGUUCAACUGCCUCAAUUCUGGCGCUGAGCUUGGCUAUCAUCUCCAAAGACAAAUCCCGCAUUUCGAAAUCUCUCCGAACGUCACAUCCGGCAGGGAUCAGCCCUGUGUUACAGUCUUUUGGAUCUGACAGCAACGAAGCUAUAUUUAUGGCCACUGAGAUCAAACGCCUCGUCGCCGCUAGCGGGGGAAUGUUCAAGUGGAGUGAUUUUGCAAUCCUUCUACGUUUCAAUGCAUUGUCUCGGGUAAUAGAGUCAGCAUUGCAAAAGGAGGGCAUACCCAACAGAGUCCUAGGAGGACAUAAAUUCUUCGAGCGAAUGGAGGUGAAAGAUAUUCUCGCUUAUCUGCAAGUAGUCGACAACUCGUUGUUCGUGCCAGCUUUCAUGCGUGUCAUCAAUGUUCCCCCUCGAGGUAUAGGCAAGAAGUCUGUUGCAGAGAUUGUCGCACGUGCGGAGAAGGCCAAGUGUUCACCCCUUGAACUCGUGGAACAAAUUCAUGAUGGCAAGAUCCCAGAUAUCAAGCCGCCUGUCAAGCGUAAGAUUGGGUCCUUUGUCACAACUAUACGCAGUCUCCGCAAAUAUGACAACGAGCGAGAAUCGCCCCCCGAUCUAAUUCGUCGCCUUCUUGAUCUGAUCGAAUACGGACAGUAUCUCAAGAAGACGGAAGACUGGGCGAGCCGAUGGGAGAAUGUUCACGAGUUGAUCAAUUUUGCUAGCCAAAUUCAUGAAAGCCUCAAUACGGACAUAAACUUCGACCAGCUACUACCACAAUCACACGACACAGACGAUGAUUUGAGGGGCGAGCUGGAGUAUGAGGGAUUUGUCACGGGAAACAAGAGUGCGAAGGCCAAAGGCAAAGAGAAGGCACCAGACUUACCAAUAGAGACCCCCCUUCGAGCAUUCCUUCAGGCUUCAAUGCUAUCGACAGAUACUGAAGAAACAGACGAUGAUUCAAAUGAGAAAGUGACCAUAUCCACUUGCCACUCGGCGAAGGGAUUAGAGUGGCCAGUGGUCAUGGUACCUGGUGCCAUAUCUUUCCGUUCUACCGAGCGGAAGACGCGGAAGAAGAAAGGCGAGUUUUAUCGGAUGCCUGGGCAUUUGUGCACUGACAGUGCAAUCAAACAAAAUUGUAGACGUCUUCUCUACGUGGCUUGUACACGGGCGCAAAGUCUUCUAUAUCUGCAGCAUACAACUGGUCGUGGCAUCGCAGGGGACAAUCAGCCAAGGGAACUUUCGCCCUUUAUUUCAGCCGUUACGGCAGAUAAUUGGAAUCUAUUUUCGUCCCAUCCACCAAAUCUAUCGGUCACUGACCUUGAGGCGAUAGCAAUAGUUCUGGGUAGACCAUGCCCUGAUCAGAGCGAAGUCCGAAAACGUAUGCUCGAGUGGGAGCGUACCGGGGCGCAGACCCGCCAGGCAGAAGCGAAGUUGGAUUUUAAUAUUGCUGGACCAUGGUCUCGCGCAGAUCCUCCAGCCUCAGCGGCCUUCACAACUUCGAGGAGUAUUCUUGUGCCAGCGAAUUCAACACUUACGAGUCAGAACCCAAGUACGGAGUCGAAACCUCCCAGUACGAAAUCGAAACCACCCAGUACGAAAUCGAAACCAUCAAGCACCAUGUCAGAAUCAUCAAUCAUCAACGUGGGACCACCACGACGAGGCCUCACAUCAGCGCUCGCGAAGGAAUCUGUCUCUACGAACUUGUCUGACCGGAACGCCUCACGAUCAUGGCCCACCAAACCGACCUCCGCAAAUGAUGGGUUUCUCCCCAGCUUCCCAAAGCCCUUGCUGAGUGUCAGUUCAGCACCUGAGCUCCCUGUAGGCAGCACAACUGGCCUUGUCAGUGGAAGCAAGCGAAGACUAGGAAUGGGACGGCCUGCGAUUGAAUAUCCUAACAAGAAAUUCAAAACGCCUGUUUAA